GGAUGGGCGAGGACACUGUUGUUAUGACUGGUGCUUGGCUGCGGGACAAACUUCCAGAGGCCUCGGCAUUUUUCCCCUCUAAUCCAUCUCAUUGGUCGGUUUCAAGAAGGAAAUGUGGCUCCAUUUUGCUGUAAACCUGUCAAACGGAGCAGGAGCUAGAAUUUAAUCAAGGCUUGGAGGUGGCUUCCACCUUUAACUAACCACGAGGUGUUGUUUGGUGCUUUUGGAAAAUAGGGGCUGACGGUUCCUGCUGAGGACAACGGAGCUAUGAUGCGCAUCUGAAGUCCUCUUGAUCACAUGGACUCCUAUCCUGUGCUGACCCAAUGGUUUAAUCACCCGGACUAAAAAUGAGCAUAAGCAGCGAUGAAGUCAAUUUCCUGGUUUACAGAUACCUGCAAGAGUCAGGGUUCUCCCACUCAGCAUUCACCUUUGGCAUAGAGAGCCACAUCAGCCAGUCCAACAUCAAUGGAGCCCUGGUGCCCCCUGCUGCCCUCAUCUCCAUUAUCCAGAAGGGCCUGCAGUAUGUGGAGGCUGAAGUCAGCAUCAAUGAGGACGGGACCUUAUUUGACGGGCGGCCCAUCGAGUCACUAUCGCUCAUCGAUGCUGUGAUGCCAGAUGUAGUCCAAACCAGGCAGCAGGCCUACAGGGACAAGCUGGCCCAGCAGCAGCAGGCAGCAUGCAGUGGUAGCGCCAUAGGGCCCCAGGGAAGCACCAAGAACGGAGAGGGUGCUGCCAACGGGGAGGAAAACGGAUCCCACGCCUUAGCCAAUCACCACGCAGAGAUGAUGGAGGUGGACAGGGACGUGGACAUCCCCCAGAGUAAAGCUAUGGUGCUGAGGGGCCACGAAUCCGAAGUUUUUAUCUGUGCCUGGAACCCAGUGAACGACCUCCUCGCCUCCGGGUCUGGGGACUCGACCGCACGGAUCUGGAACCUGAGUGAAAACAGCACAGGCGGGUCCACCCAGCUGGUUCUGAGGCACUGCAUACGGGAAGGGGGCCAGGACGUACCCAGCAACAAAGACGUCACCUCGCUAGACUGGAAUAGCGAGGGAACGUUGCUAGCAACAGGCUCAUAUGACGGCUUUGCUAGAAUAUGGACAAAAGAUGGUAACUUGGCCAGUACGUUGGGGCAGCAUAAAGGUCCUAUAUUUGCACUCAAGUGGAAUAGGAAAGGAAACUUCAUCCUCAGUGCUGGUGUAGAUAAGACCACAAUAAUUUGGGACGCCCAUACAGGAGAGGCAAAACAACAAUUUCCUUUCCACUCUGCACCUGCUCUGGACGUAGACUGGCAGAGCAACAACACGUUUGCCUCCUGCAGCACAGACAUGUGCAUCCAUGUGUGUAAGCUGGGUCAGGACAGACCUGUCAAGACCUUCCAGGGACACACGAAUGAGGUGAAUGCCAUCAAGUGGGAUCCCACUGGCAGCUUGCUGGCCUCCUGCUCAGACGACAUGACGCUGAAGAUCUGGAGUAUGAAGCAGGACUCGUGUGUCCAUGACCUCCAGGCCCACAGUAAAGAAAUCUACACCAUCAAGUGGAGCCCCACCGGCCCCGGGACCAACAACCCGAGCGCCAACCUCAUGCUGGCCAGCGCGUCAUUCGACUCCACGGUGCGUCUGUGGGACGUGGAGCGUGGGGUGUGUAUCCACACACUGACCUGCCACCAGGAGCCCGUCUACAGCGUGGCCUUCAGCCCCGACGGCAGGCACCUCGCCAGCGGCUCCUUCGACAAAUGUGUCCACAUCUGGAACACUCAGACGGGGGCUUUAGUACACAGCUACCGGGGGACAGGAGGGAUCUUCGAGGUGUGCUGGAACGCCACAGGGGACAAAGUAGGAGCCAGCGCGUCAGAUGGAUCGGUUUGUGUAUUAGACCUGAGGAAAUGACAGUUGUCAGGGGGAGCCAUGGACCGACUACGAAUGUGUACAUAGCCAAAAUGACUGAGUGUCCCUGCCUGUCCGCCACACUGCUGUAGUCUCAUCAGAUGAUAUGGCCCGCCAUCACAGCCAAAUGGAGCCCUCCCCCCGUCAUAUGUACACACAAGGACCACACUUUCGCCACAUGCAGUUGUUAUGCACAUGCGUCAGACAAACAUCAGGUCUGUAUGGACACCUGUACCGCUCUCACAGACCUGCAGCAACAAACAUUUCUCUGUUGUCGGACCCAUCACAUGCAAACCAAAACACCAGGAUUCUUCUCGCUUUCCUCUUUUUAUCCUUUGUACCAGAGUUCUAAGGAUUUUUUGUUCUCUGCUGGUGUGUGCAUAUUGCAUAUGUCAGCAUUUGGUGUCCGGUGGACAUUGUUUUGAAUUAGGAUUUUACUGCUAUCUGCGGGUUUUAUAUUACAUGU